CUUGAGAAGGAGCUGGUGGGCGUAGCGCCUCGCGGGACAAACCGCCGCACAGUGUGAAAGUAAGUGCAGGAACAGGGACGUGUCGUGGAAGCGGAUUUUUAGCGAAAUAUUAAAAGAGAGUCUGUUUUCCAGUCUUGAGUUUAGAUCGCGUUUAUAGAUGGGUCACACUGCUGGUGUCCAGCAGAUUUCCUAGGAGGAAAGGAUGCGGAGAGAGAAGAGAGGUCAAGACAAAGUCACUUCUGGCACCGAAAAGAGCUGAAACCCCGCAUAUAACGCGGGGAUCGUAUAAUUGAAUUUAUUUAUAAAUUAUACUCCUGAUUUUCUUAAUAUUUAUUUUUUUUUAUCCGCUCGAGAAACCUUAGCUGUAUAACAGCCUUCAUCGACCCGGCUGGAUUAUUCUUCCACAGUUGCAUGCAGAGAUGAGUAAAAUGUUUUCCUUGGUGUGUAGCGGGGACAGCUGAAUGGAGACGCGCGGCGCAUCUCCCACAGAGAGCGCUCCGACAGACGCAGCGCGCUGCGCUUUCUGAGUUCCGCUCAGCAACCUUCAGACACCGGAUUCCAGCACUAUCAGUCCUCGCCAGCUGCGUUUUUUUUUACGCUUCUGAUUAACCGAUCGCGUGGAAAGAAAAAAAAAGACACGAGGAGAGAUCUGACAUGGAAACAGAAGAGAGCGGCUGUGCGCCGGUUUAACUGGAGCAUCACAUCCAUUCUUGCAUUCCUGUCCCAGCUCACUAGUGAACCGCUGUGGGGUAGAGAGCCUGCCACCGGGCGGUUAAGAGGGUCUUUUUGGUGCAUACUCAGCGGGAACUAAACUGAAACGCCUUGUUUCCCCUCACCAUCCUGAAGGAGCCUGGCGCGCAGUGGAAAACACUGAGAAAAGUGGAUAUGAUUGCUUAUUUGGCUUAAAGGCGUGAUAAGGUGGAGGAUUAUUUAAGGAGGAGAGGUUUUCACCUGGAUCAUCAAGCAAGAAGAGAUAACAGGAGACGCACAGGUUUUUGGAUCAAUUUUCCUCAGCUUCCCCUCUGUUCUGUCCAUCUACCUGUCACUGUGACUGCAGUUUAUCUUCAUGUUGAGUCUUACCCCAACACAGCACAUAAGAUAGAGCUGCCCUGUUUCCUGGGGAGGAUAAUGGAACGGCUGUGGUUCUCUUUGCUGUUACUGGCAGCAGCAUGCAGGGGACAGCCGUGUCCAAAACGCUGCAUGUGCCAGAGCCUUUCUCCAUCGCUUGCUAUCCUCUGCUCCAAAACAGGCCUGCUCUUUGUUCCCGCUGCCAUUGAUCGACGCACCGUGGAGCUACGACUUCAAGAAAACUUCAUAACAGCUGUCCGAAGAAAAGACUUCGCCAACAUGACCAGCUUGUUACAUCUGACACUGUCUAGAAACACCAUUAGUCAGAUCCUUCCUUCAGCAUUCAGUGAUCUACGGAGACUGAGAGCACUCCAUCUGGACUCCAACAGAUUAACUGUAAUCAAGGAUGACCAUUUCAAAGGUCUGACCAACCUUCGCCAUUUGAUCUUGGCCAGUAACCAGCUGCACUCCAUAUCUCCUCAUGCCUUUGAUGACUUUGUUUCUACUCUGGAGGAUCUUGAUCUAAGUUAUAACAACCUUGACCAGGUGCCCUGGGACACGAUCGGGCGUCUUACAAAUGUCAAUACCUUGAAUAUGGAUCAUAACCUUAUAGAGAAUGUGCCCCAGGGAGUAUUCACCAAUCUUCACAAACUUGCAAGACUGGACAUGACUUCUAACAAACUGAAGAAAAUUCCCCCUGAUCCAUUGUUCUUGAGAAUCCCAGUUUACGCUAAGUCUAAAGGCUCCCCUCUUUCUUCCCUUGUGUUGAGUUUUGGUGGUAACCCACUUCAUUGCAACUGUGAACUUUUGUGGUUAAGGAGAUUAACUAGAGAGGAUGACCUAGAGACAUGUGCCUCCCCUCCGGAUCUGAGCGCCAAGUACUUUUGGACAAUACCUGAAGAGGAAUUUAUUUGUGACCCACCAGUUCUGACUCGAAAGUCACCCCAUACUGUUGCUAUGGAAGGGCAGCCUGCAAGUCUAAAAUGCAAAGCAAAUGGUGACCCAGAGCCUGAGGUGCACUGGAUAAGCCCUGAAGGCCGACUUAUAUCAAAUGGCUCCAGAACUUUAGUUUUCCCAAAUGGAAGCCUGGAUAUCAACGUUACUUCCCUGAAGGAUUCUGGAAACUUCACUUGCAUUGCCUCAAAUGCUGCAGGUGAAUCAACAGGAAGGGUGGAGUUAAUUGUCACAGCAGUGCCUCAUCUUGCAAACAGCACAAGCCGCAGUCGAGAUCCUUCUUCUGAGCCUGCACCCUCUGACAUUCUGACCUCCUCCAAAGUUGCAAUGCCUAACAACGAGACAAGAGGGGCUGACAGGAGGGUAUCAUUGGUGGAGCUGACUGGAAACUCUGCCCUGAUUAGAUGGAGCAGCCAAACUCCUACAUCUGGAGUAAGAAUGUUCCAGGUCCAGUACAACAGCUCGGGAGAUGAUGCACUGGUUUACAGGAUGAUUCCAUCCACCUCCAAUGAUUUUCUGGUCCGGGAUCUUGCUGCUGGACGCAGCUACGAUCUCUGUGUUCUGGCUGUAUUCGAUGACAUCGUUACAUCACUGACUGCAACACGUCCUUUGGGCUGCCUUUCAUUCACUACAGACACAGAGUUCAGCCAGUGUCAAGCACUUCAUAGCCACUUCUUGGGUGGGACAAUGAUCAUUAUCAUUGGAGGGAUUAUAGUUGCAUCUGUGCUAGUUUUCAUCAUUAUUUUAAUGAUACGGUACAAAGUUUACAGUCAUCAAGGCACUGGCCACGGAAAAGCCACCAUUGCAGCGACGGCACCGAGGCCACAGAGUAAUGGACAAGGAGGGAGCCAGGUCCAAGUCCUCUGUCAAUCUCCUUCAAAGAUGAUUGACAGUCAGGACGAAGAGGUCCUCCUGCCAUCUAGGGCAAUGUCACCUAGCAACACAACAAAAGACACGGUGGCAUUGGUUGAGGAGGAGAGCAGUGGACAGUGCGUCAUGGCAAAAACAGACUCCUCGGUUAAUGAAGAGUUGCUCUCCCCAACUAAGACCCGCUUCUCUUCCAGGGUUUCAAUUGAGAUGAAAAUCAGACAACAAUCUGUCACCAAAGACCCCUCAUCUUCCAAGGAUCUAGCAGAACCCUGACGCUGUUUUCCUGUCAGAUUUGGAAAAUGAACAUCACCAAACACAAGAAGGAUGCGAUAACUCUCAAGAAUAUAAUGCCCUAUAGCUAAUCUCCCUGCAUCUCCUGUUAUCUGCAUCCCUUAAUUUCUUUUUCAUGAACACCAUGGUGUCAGAGACCCAAACUGUCCGAUUUAUUUUCAAGUGCUUUUACUGGUUCUCAGAUCCAGAUUGGACUACCAGUCAAGACCUUGUAAAGCUGGGAUCGUCUGGAAUCACUUAUCAUCUAAGGGCAUUUUCCACUUUAACCGAUAUGUAUCAGUGGGAAAAGUGAAAGAAAAAUGAUCAAACUGCAAUAGGAUAUGAUAAAAAAUAUGAAGUAACAACCACAGUCAGGAACCGCACUAACAGACUGAGUGGAUGGUAGAAAGAGGGCAAAAAUGAAAAGUUGAUCAUCAUCAAGAAAAAAAAAAAAUCCAAUGUUAUUUCCACCAAAGCUGGCUGUACAUUUUGAGUCUGGUGUUUCAUAUAAGCAUAGCCUAACCUAGCACAUAGGACAUAUACAGACGCUGACUUCAUGAGGCUCCAUUCUAUUCAUCAACACUGAAUAAGAAAGUUCUAUAAAAUGUGAAUGAACUCCUCCUUUCCAAAGUCUGCUCAUCUGCAACUGGAUCUGUACUGUGACUAGACCAAGUGAGAUUGAUCUUUUAAUUAGAAUACAUCUUUUGGAAAUAAAGUAUCCAGUAAAACCAAACUGAACAAGCACCCUCUAUGGAGAAAAAGGACAAUGUGGAACUACAGCAGCCUGAACUGGAAAUCUAUGCCAAAUCAACAUGGACUACAUAGUUUUCAGUCUGCUCCUGCUCAAGGCAUGUAUGCUCCGUUUAACACUGGAUGGUACUGGUGAAGACCUUAAGGACCAUUAUUGACUUCUCUCACAUCUCUCCAGGACCCUUCAAACAGAUCCAGUCAUCAGAAGGACGGCAACUUGUCGAGGAAUAUCAUAAGAAGGAUUCAAAGAAAAAAAGGUUGAAGUAACAGGGUACAGGUUCACAUCAGUCAUUAUUGAUAUCAUAUAUCACAUUAUUGUUACCGAAUAAGUUUACACAUAGUCAUUUACUGCAGGUCCCAUAAUGGUUUAAUGUGAAGAAAAAAUGCAGUAUGACCAUAAAUUGCUCCACAACAUGUGUUAUUAAUAGUAUGACUGUUGUCAUUCAGGCACAAGUGGUCUUCAUUACCACCAAGUACAUUUGUUCGCACAUAGGUAAUAACUCCAACACUUAUUGUUUUGGGGUUUUUUUGUUUUUUUUUACUCAUGAUAGUUUAACUUUUAAAGUCAUUUUAGAUAUUGCUUUAAACCAAUCCUCAGUAUUUUCCAGGCUUCUUUAUAAAAGCAUCUCCAUCCUUUUUUAAUAGUUUGACAAAAAGAAUGGAGAUUUGUGAAAAUAUCAGAUAUAUAACCUCAUUUGUGCCCCUGUCUGUAUUAGUUUUUGUUCUGCAGUGUCACCAUAAAUAUUGGCAUCUUGAACGGUUUCCUGCUAAUAUGUACAAUGGUAGACCAGGAUCUGAAUGAAAAGCCGUAAAAUCCCACACAAGAAUAAAGGGAAAAAAAUGAAAUAAUGCAUAUUCUUCACUUUUCCCCUCGUGUGUUCCUCUCACUUUUCGGGGGCAGGGAGGGUCUUUAUAUUUUGUAUGUGUACAUAAAGCAAUUCAAAAUCUAUAGUUUUGUACAUGUAAUUUUUAUGGUGUGUGGAUAUUUUCUAAUAAAAUAAAACAAAAUGAGUUACUC